CCGGAAGUCACAUAUUUUCCGACAGACUUGACAGCAAUUGUCCCGAGAAGGAGGGCGAGGAUUGUCCUGCUUUAGUUUUCUCUUGUCUGUGACCGCUCUCUUUGUUGUUGUGUGCAGUUUUAUGUACAGGGGGACACAUUUGUAUCCUUAUUAAAAGUUUACUUUACCAGUGACAGUUAGCCAAAACUGUCUGUGGACUCCAACGUUGGGCUGAAUCUGUCGUUAUUCAGGGUGGUAGCUGGCGAACCUCUCCAGAUUGAGCGAUGCGAGCGAGCGGGCUCGGAUUUUAUUUGUGUUUUUCAUUUUAUCGGAAGGAAAAUGAGGAAAGAACAUGAGUUCUCCUUCUACGAGGGGUUGUUUACAAAAGAAGACAAGGGGGAAAUGACGAUCUGCUAGCACAAGAGGACGUAAAAAGACAUAAAGGAAACGACUACAACCAUCGACAUUGUGGCGCUCCUGUUUUUAAUUAUCAUUUCUGGAUUAAUAGACAACAGAUUGCGUGGAUUUUGCUGUCCGUCAUUGUGAGCAAAUCCCUGAUGCAUUCACCAAUGGAGAACUGAGGGCGAGCCGGCACUUGCCCCCCUCUCAACAUGCUGGCUCUGAGGCUAGAGCAGGGCAAGCGAGGGGGUGGUGAGGUUGAUCGCCUGCAGAAAGGGGCAACUGUGGCGUGGCAGGGCCGCCAGUCAGGGAGGCCCCCUUCGCGCGAGCAGGGCAUUAACAUCCGGGAGAAGAUCUCCCAGUGGGAAGGUCGCAGUCAGCAGGGCAGCAGCAGCCAGGAUGCUGGGCUAAAAGCACACCCUCCGACUGUAUCACGAAGUCUGUCUGGAGAUAUCCUGGGCAAUGGAGGUUCCAGAGGAGGGCCUCACGCAAAAGGCAGCCUCUCAAAAGCUAAGAGCUUAGAUUUUCGGGAAGGCCCAUCACAAGCUGGACAUGGUGUGGUUGGGAGGAAGUCUGAGCCUCUGCAGUUUUCAGCCACUCAAGGAAAUAAACCACUUGCAGCACAAGUACUAAUACCUCCUAAAGUGGAGGCCAACACUGCUAAAUCCACUGGUGAAAAAAUCCUCACAGCCAGUGUCAACCAAAAAACGGAUCCUAUCUUGGAUGUAAAAGUAGUUUCUAAACCUCUACCUCCAUCAACUGAUGACCAAGAAGACAACAUGCCUGCCGGAAACUUCUACACUUCAAGGGGUUUCUGGCGUAAGCUUGAGGGGGACAGACUGCUCUGGGAGAAAGGCAGGGACUCUUCAGGUGACCCUCAGGCUCCUCCCAAACCUCAGCGGACAUUCCAGUAUCGAGGGACUAACAGCAACAGCACGGAGCACACAAUACGAUGGGACAGCGGAUCCCCUCACAACAACCGCUCCAACGCGAGGAGCAGGAAAGUAGCCCACCCGCCUAACUUCCCACCUCCUCCGUGCCCGGUAGAAAACACCAAUGGGCUUUCAAGGCAUAAAAAGAACAGGAAGUCCUUUGAGUACGAGGAUGCGGCGCGUCUGACGGUGAGAGAAGGCAGUCUUGGAGGCGGGUCCAGGAAUUCAGGCCUUUACCAUGCCUACUCUGAUGACAAUAUUUAUGAGGACAUUGUUUGUGAAGUGACUAGAGAUAACCCAUAUGAGGAUGUCAAGCUGUCUCCCAUGUGCCUCCCUAUUGGAAGGCCUCAAGGCCCAAAGCUGCCACCUAAACCCCAAACGUUGCAAGGCCAUGCUGGCAAAGUGGAGAGGAAGAGGUUCCAAACGAUAACAGCAUCCAAAUCCUCAACUGUUGCAGAUACUUCCAAGCCAGCUACACCCCGGCGUGCAAGCACUCAAAAAAUUCACAGGACACCUCAGUACGUCAACAAGAUUGAGACCAUCUUUGACGACAAGCGAGGGAGAAAGAGAGUAAAGAACCAGGGAGUCUCAGUUCGAGAGGAGACCAGCGGGACAGAGAGCGACCCAGAAGACAACACCAAAGCAGGCUCCAGAAGAUCAGUUUACAUCCAGUCUACACUGAAACGGCGGCCAGGCUACCGCACCCUGGAGAGAGACCUGAUCCAGCACCAGCAGCAGCAGCUCUUCCAGAUCUUCGUGGUGGUGUCGCUGAGAAAAGGCUCCCCAGGAAACACUUACACCCCUGAAAUCACACAGCAGUUCCCCAAAAUGUUUGAGAAGUCCUCCCGGCUCUCCAGAGAGGCUGAGGAUCAGCUGAAAGUCAUUCCCAAGUUUUGUUUCCCGGACUCGCAGGACUGGAAGCCCUCUGCACACAUGCCAAGUGAGACCUUCUCCUUCGUCCUGACCGGAGAGGACGGCAGCCGCUGGUUUUGUUACUGCCGUAAAAUCUUGCCCAGUGGAAAGGGGAAGAGGCUUCCUGAGGUGCACUGUAUUGUCAGCAAACUGGGCUGUUUCAACCUGUUUGCAAAGAUUUUGGAGGAGGUGGAGAGGCGCAGGGAAAUUUCCCCAGCGCUGGUUUACCCCUUUAUGCGUAGCGUGAUGGAGGCCCCGUUUCCAGCCCCUGGACGCACAGUCACUGUGAAGAGCUUCCUCCCCGGCUCUGGGAAUGAGGUACUGACUUUGUGUCGACCAGUGGACUCCCGGCUGGAGCACGUGGACUUUGACAGUUUGCUGCAGUGUCUCAGUGUCGGUAAACUCCUGCAGGUGUUUGCCUCCAUUCUGCUUGAGAGGAGGGUCAUCUUAGUCGCGGAUAAACUCAGUGUGUUGUCUCGGUGUAGCCAUGCAGUGCUGGCGCUGCUCUACCCCUUCACCUGGCAGCAUACCUUCGUGCCUGUGCUACCAGCCAGCAUGCUGGACAUCAGCUGCUCCCCCACCCCGUUCCUCAUCGGAGUGCUGACACCCUGCCUGCCAGAGGUGCUGGAGCUGCCCAUCGAGGAGGUGCUCAUAGUGGAUCUGUGUGCAGACAAGUUUGUCAUUCAGCUGGGCGAUGAAGACUGCAUCCUGCCCAGUAAACUGCAGGCGGCUCUGCAGCAGAUCCUGGGGGAGAGGGAAGAUAUUCUGAGGCAGGAGAAUGGAGACAGAUGUGAAGGUCAGCAGGCUGACCUGAGCUCUCUGGUGUCGGAGGGUUUCGUACGGUUCUUCGUGGAGCUGGUGGGUCACUAUCCUUUCCACAUGGUCGAGUCUUCCAACGGGAGCAGGGAGCUCCAGCGCGACAGCUUCCGUAAGUCUCACCCCUCCCGCGGAGUCCGCCAGUUCCUGCAGCUGUUCAUGGACACUCAGAUGUUUGCCGGCUUCAUUCAGGACAAAGAGCUGCGCAAGGGAGGAGGAAGAGGUCUCUUUGAGGCCCGAGUGGCCGAGUAUAUGGAUUCAUAUCCUGAGGCGGAGCCGAGUGGCGUGAACAAGUUUCUUAAAGGACUGGGAAGCAAGAUGAAGCUCCUACAAAUUAAGUGAAAAGAGACCAAGACUUCAAAAUGAAAGACUUUGUGGUUGAAAACACUUGCUGCUGCUGGUGGCCCGUCUGAGGACAUGAAUGUGGAUGAGAGUGUUGAUGUGAAUGGGACAGUGAAGAGUUUGGAUAUGAGAGGACCAGGCUCAUCUCAUGGCUGCAGUAUGUAUGCAUAUCUGACAGCGGUGCACUUCUUGGACGAAAACUGGAAAUGGUUGUUAUAUUUCUGUUCUAUUUCUUGUUUCAUGAAGCCACAAAAUGCCUUCCAGCUUCGUAACCUCAGUUAUCAACCUGAAUGCGUGUGGUUGGAACCACUUUCUCUUUGAUUUUGAAACAGAGAGAAAUUUUCACAAUAGGAUUCAGCUCUAGUGCCGUGGUUAAUGCAACUUUGAUGCAACAUUUCAAUCCUCUAUAAUACUUAACUGAAAAUAAAGCGAAUGGUUCCAACCUGAAGCAUGUUUAUGAAUCCUAAUGUAUAAUACAGUUACCCAUGUUCCAUUCCCUUCAGCACAAGUUUAUUUGUUUGAAUUUCCUAUUAAGUAGAGGUUUGUUAACUCUGAUCAGAAUAUUUCAGUGUGUUUAGACUCCAGGUUAAACCUCAUCAAUCAAAUAGAGUAUUUACAUUUUGUCUGUGUUUACUCCUGUCCUUUACUCUCUUCUUGUAAACUGGACUUGUAAAUAUUAUUUUUUACAUUUUGCACAAUGUUGAGAACCAGUGUACAGUAUUUUUGUAUUAAGACAUGUGUCCACUAUACUUUUUAAUUAAAUGGGUUCCUAAGGACAGUA